AUGGCUCCAUUUGUCGCUGGUUCUACUUCUAUGCUGAAGAAAGGCGACCACCAUGGAGACUUUGCAGAAGCAACUUUUAAUAUAAUGAAAAAUAUCAAUGAAAGUCUGCACAUUUACAAUCACGCUAAUAAAGACAACGAGCUAUUUCAAAAUAAAACACAAGAAUGGGUAAUUGGCGAAACAGAAGGAUGUAGCAAACCGGAUAAUAAUAUACAACAAUUUUGCUCACUACAUUAUUAUGUUCCUAAUGUAUUACUUUCUUUUUACAAAAAACAUUAUGUGUAUGACUUCAUACGAACAUUAAAUUAUCAAAAACCAAUUUUAGGCCGAUGUUUCUCUAUCAUUCGUAAAAUUUGGUGUCGAUUUUCGUUUCCAAAAUGCUCUCAUGAUUUAUCCCAUUACAUAACGUUCGAUUUACGAGAUCAAUGCCAUGAAUUGAUUCAAUGUUCUAAUGAAAUUAAUCUGCCUUUUGCUGAUCUAAUCGCUGCCUGCCAAUCAACACGUCACAGAUACGUGGUAGUUGAUUAUUGUACUGCUUAUAAUCGAACCAAUAUCCAGCAUCAUUAUUGCAGUCCAUAUCCAGAUGGAUUCCUUUUUCCUGUUGCAUUGGCUAAGAAGAUGCCAGAACUACUUGAUAAUACAGAAGAGUUCUUGAGUAUAAUAUCCCAAUCCAAUGGUAUCACCCAAAGAUGUAUGGAUACGGCAGCCCAGUUCUUCUGCCAUCGAUUUCCAGUAUGUGAUCAGGAUCGAAAACAUAUUAAAGUAUUUUUUGACUGGCAGCAAUGUCAAAAUGCUGUUGCUUGUUGUCGCAGUGAUAAAUUGAAUAUGAAUCAAGUUGAUGGUGACUAA